UUAUCCUCAGCAUAGGACCAUCUCUCUGACGGGACCAUCCGAGUCUCUGGAACUAUGACUCUCUUCGCUACCCUGCUUGCCUUCACUCUCGUGACCCAGAACUGGGCCUUUGACUUGGGCCAGUCCACCCGCUGCAUACCCAUACCUCGCCAGCUGAGUGUGUGUCACGAUGUGGGCUACUCCGAGAUGCGACUGCCUAACCUCCUAGGCGACAGCAGCCUGGAGAGUGAGGUGGUACCACGCUCUGGUGACUGGCGUUCCCUGCUGCAGACGGGGUGCCACCCUCAGGCCCAGACCUUCAUUUGCUCCCUCAUCGCUCCUGUCUGCCUAGACACGUUUAUCCAGCCUUGCCGAAGUCUGUGUCUGGCUGUGAGGGACAGUUGUGCCCCGGUCUUCGCCUGCCAUGGCCACUCAUGGCCUGAAGAACUGGACUGUGAUCGUUUCCCUGCUCAGGACGACAUGUGUCUCACCCCAAUGCCCAAGCAUAUCAGCAGGUUCUCUAAAGAUCUACCUCAGCCUGCGUGCCAGACAUGUCCUCCAGUAGACGAGCUUCCUUCUCUUAAAACAGUCAUGGAUUCCCUUUGUCUCACUGACUUUGCCGUUAAAGCCAAGCUUUUCCGCCGCCGUGUGGCCUCUAAGGAGCCGGAGCUCGAGGUGGAGGGAAAGGUGGAGUUCGUCCAGCGUGGCCCAUUGCUGCCAUACGACACCGCCAACCUGCUGCAGCAAUGGCUGCUGCUCAAUCUGCGCUGUGCGCAUGCCCUGGUGAAGCCAGGUCGAGCACAGCUCUACCUGAUCACAGGCACGAUGCGCUCCGAUGGCACCGUUGAACUCGCGCACCUCUUCCCCUGGCUAAAGAAAGACCUUCACAUAGCCGCAGCUAUCCGCAAGUGGAAGCACCACAAUUGCUGAGGACAUUAUACACAGAGUUCUAGAGGAGAGGAAAACUUUGAGGUGAUGAGAAACGGUGCAGAGUGAACUGGCGUUUGAAAGGGAGGAUGGUUUUCGAGCUUCUCUCCUCUCCUCUGGUUGAAAAUUUGAUUCGCUCCAAUUUCUGA